UCCAGCAGCCGGGGGGCGGGACGGGGGGGGGACAACAGACGCGCCAAACGUUCCCCGCCAGUUUCUCCCUGCAACAACGGUGAUGAUACUCACCUGGAUCCAAGGUAACGACAUGGAGCCCGAGUCCCUCGACGGUCUCGGCAACAUGUCCAAAGCCGAGAUGCUGAGAGUCAUCGUCACCGAGAAGCUGGCGGCAGCCGCCCAGGAAAUCUUAGCGGUCGUAGAGAGAACCGUCGCCGGGUACGAGGAGGAGGCUUCGGGCUUCAGGCAGGAGAUCGACCGGCAGAGGAGACAGCUGGAGGUUCUGCUGCAGCCGGAGAUCAAGCUGGAGACGACAGAUGACCAGCAGCUGUUUCCCAUAUGCGAGCCGGUACAGGCGGAGGCGUCCGGAGGAGGAGCGCAAGUCCCCGAGGAGGAGGAGCAGCAGCACAAAUAUGAGCUGAGUGUGGUGGACGCCAGGAGCAUGGGUCUCCUGUGCUACACCGAGGAACAGAUGGAUGAAGACGAGGAGGACGAAGAUGAGGGGGCCUCUGAGCGACCGGCGCUGACCUCCACACGGGAUCGGGAGCCUCUCACCGAGCCGGACUAUGAAACAGCAUCGAGGUUAGCGCCUCCCACGGUUCAGUCUGACAGGAGGAGUGCCGGCAGACCUCGGACCGGUGAAUCACAGAGCCACGUAGAUCUCAGAAUCCGCAUCCUGGAGGACUCUCAGACUGAAGUCCUCUCGACCAGCGUGUUUAAGAAGUACCCGGCCCAGGACCUGAAGUGUCCUCGUGGUCUACGGGAGCCAGACUUCCUGGACCUGCUGAGGUCCUCCUUCCCUCCGCUGGCUGCCGAUAAAUCCUUUGACCUCUUCACCACCGACAGAACCAGGAGACUGCUGCCUCUGAGGGUGAAGACCCUGACCCCAGAGGAGAUCUACAGGACCAUCAAGUCCACCGGGCAUUCUGCCCUCUACAUCCGACUGAAGACACAAGAGGAGCCCCAGGCCGCCGACGAAGUGUUUCAUCCGUCACAGAGACAAGAUAACGCUGCUGCUGCUGAUGAGGCCGCUGCUGCUGCUGCUGCUGAUGAGGCUGCUGCUGCUGCUGCUGCUGCUGAUGAGGCUGCUGCUGCUGCUUCACCAUCCACCCCUGAUCAAACCAGACAACACACACGGUUACUGACGCCCAGAGUUCAGUCUAAGAGGAGGAGGCCCGGCAGACCUCGGAUCAGUGAUCCGCACAACUACGUACAUCUCAGGAUCUGCAUCCUGGAGGACUCUCAGACUGAUGUGCUCUCAGCCAAAGUGUUUAAGAAGUACCCGGUCCAGGAGCUGCAGUGUCCUUGUGGUCUACGGGAGGCAGACUUCCUGGACCUGCUGACGUCCUCCUUCCCUCCGCUGGCUGCCGAUAAAUCCUUUGACCUCUUCACCACCGACAGAACCAGGAGACUGCUGCCUCUGAGGGUGAAGACCCUGACCCCAGAGGAGAUCUACAGGACCAUCAGGACCACUGGGCAUUCUGCCCUCUACAUCCGACUGAAGCCUCUCGAGAAACUCCAGAUCAGAGAGAAAGACCUUCCCCUGCAGAGAAAGGAGGCAGCUGCUAAAAGACCUCCGUCCACCCCUGAUCAAACCAGGCUGGACGCGAGUGUUCAGGCUGACAGGAGGAAGCGGGGCAGACCUCGGAUCAGUGACACACAGAACUACGUGGCUCUCAGGAUCCGGAUCCUGGAGGACUCGCAGAUCAAUGUGCUCUCAGCCAACGUGUUUAAGAAAACCAGGAGACUGCAGCCUCUGAGGGUGAAGACCCUGACCCCAGAGGAGAUCUACAGGACCAUCAAGUCCACUGGGCAUUCUGCCCUCUACAUCCGACUGAAGGCUGACAGGAGGAAGCGGGGCAGACCUCGGAUCAGUGACACACAGAACUACGUGGCUCUCAGGAUCCGGAUCCUGGAGGACUCGCAGAUCAAUGUGCUCUCAGCCAACGUGUUUAAGAAGUACCCGGUCCAGGAGCUGCAGUGUCCUCGUGGACUACGGGAGGAAGACUUCCUGGACCUGCUGAGGUCCACCUUCCCUCAGCUGGCUGCCGAUAAACCCGUUGACCUCUUCAUCACUGACAGAACCAGGAGACUGCAGCCUCUGAGGGUGAAGACCCUGACCCCAGAGGAGAUCUACAGGACCAUCAAGUCCACGAGGCAUUCUGCCCUCUACAUCCGACUGAAGGCUCAGGAGGAAGCCCAGGCCAGUGAGGAAAAGCUUCAUCUCCCGCAGGGAAACAAAGAUUCUCCAUCCACUUCCGCUCAAACCAGACUGCACACAAGAGCGGACGUUCUGUCCAGCAGCUCAAUGGAAGCAGAGGAGGCUCACGACGAAGAUGGUGAAAGAUCAGAGUCGGCCAGUCUCUGGUCUCUGCAGUCUCUGCUUCUCUCUGAGAGCGAAAGGGACGAAGACGAGGUGAACGACAGGGACGACGACUGGAAGCCAGACAAGAGCGAUGAGAAUCUGAGGAAUAAAGAGCCUGAGAAGACGACGGGAAGGCGGCGAGUCGAGCGCUCAGGCGUCCGGACAAAGAGGAAACGGAUCCAGGCGUCUCCACGGGCGUUGACCAGCAACGGCGAUGCUCCUCCGUCCUGCAAAGUCUGCGGCGCCCGGCGCGGCUCAAUGAACAUGGUGAUCAAACACUCCUGGAGUCACGUGGACGAUCCAGAGAGGUUUUGUGGAGUUUGUGGAAAACAUUCAAAGUCUGCAGAGGAGCUGAGGAGUCAUCUUCAGAGUCACCAGAAGACACACAGCUGUAACAUCUGUGGAAAGUCUUUCCUCUCCACCUCCGGCCUCAGCGGACACAUCGCUCGACACAAAGGGGAGAAACCGUACAAAUGUAAGAUUUGCCAUAAAGCGUUCGCCGAGAAGUCGGUGCUGAGUAACCACAGGUGGGUCCAUGUGGUGGAUAAGCCACACAAAUGUGAUAUCUGCCAAAAAUCCUGUGUUUCGAAGAUUAAGCUCGAACUUCACAGGGCGAGACACACGGAGGAGAAGCCGCACAGCUGCAGCAAGCGCACGAAACCCCUCGGCGGCCUCGAAACUUUAUCCCAGCACGUGUUGACUCACUCGGCUCGCGGAGCAGUCAAGGAAAGACCCUACGUCUGUGAAAUCUGCAGCAAAAAGUUUUACACCAACCAGAGAUUACAGGUCCACCGGAGAAGCCACACCAGCAAGUGGCCCAACGGUUCCUACUCUAAUGCAAGUCAAACCUGGUGAAGCACGUGGAGGGUCCACGUUUGGGAGAAGCCUCGUAGAUGCACCGUCUGUCAGAUCCACUGUGUGAAAAACCAGACGAAAAGACCCACCAGGCUGAGGAAAACUCAACCCCCCAUGGAUCAGAUCAGACUGGAGCUGCAGCUAACCAUUUUUUUUAGUUUAUUCGUUUAUACCAGGGUUUCUGCAGCAUUCACCACAUUAAAUCUUUUUAAGACCACAUAGAGUUUAGCACCUUCUUCAGGCCGUAACGGGCAAAACAAACAAUACGGGCUACAAUUCUGUAUGAAUGAGAUGAAUUUACUGACAUUUGUGUCACAUUCCGUCUGUACUUUCGCUGCAUAUAUCAAUGAUUCCCGGGGCCAGAGGGGUCAGGGGGGCCCCUGGACAAGAGCCUCUGUAUGAAGCGACUGUUGGCAGUUCCUGUCUAAAUGUCACAGGGCUCAGUGAAAAGACCACGAAGAGACGGAAACCGCCACCAAGACCAGGUUUUUACUCAAAUCGACACCAACAUCCGUCUCCUGGCGGUGAAAAGCUGUAACUGAUGUUAGCGUCCACCGCAGGCGGGAAGAAAUAUUCAAGAGCUGUGUAGAUGAAAUGCGAGACUUUUUAAAACCUCCUAACCCUUUUUUUUGAAGGGACGGAAUUCAGUGCUUUUUAGGACUUUCCCAGACCUGCAGAAACCCUGCUAACUAAUGGAUUUAUCCAUUCCUGAUCAAAAUGUUCACAGCUUCACAGGAUCCAAAGUGACGACUGCGGAUAUUUUAUAUUUUUUAUAUUUUGUUUUGUCUGACCAGAACUCCGACUCCUGCCGCCCGAGAAGCUGGAACUUUGGAAAGUUCAGCAUUUUUCCGCAAUAUUCUGUCGCGACGAUUGAUCGAUUAUCGAAAAUAGUAACAGGUUGUUGUUCUGUCGAUCGAGUAACGGCUGAAUUAGCUGAUUGUUUCAGCCCCACAGAUCUCUACAAGAUGUUAUCCUUAAAUUCUGUCAAAGGAUUGUCGACGCUACUGUGUGGGAAUACGUUGAUCUUUUUUCUCUGUUUGCAUGAAGUUUGCGUGUUGUUAAAUCUGUCGAAGUUGUACCGUGGUGCCUGACGCUACGUAAAGGAUCAGUUUAGAUGUAUUCUAUAUUUUUCUUAUUGGCAACAAAAAAAAAAAUGCUGUUUAUGGCAUAAGAUGUAAUUUAAUAGUGACAAAGAGGGAGAGCAGGAACGAGUGAGGAGGUAGUUGGGCUGUUUUAGCCGUAGAUUCCUACACUUGACUUGUGAUAUUUUGCCCUUCAGGGAUUCUCAUCAGCUCAGAGCUGUUAACAUUAGGUACUAAUUGAGAAAGAGAGGAAGAGGUUUGAUGAAGAUGUAAACGUUUCCUUUGUGUUUUAUAUUUUUCGUAGAAAUUCAUUUGGGCUCAUGUGUUGAGUUUAAAGCAGUUUUUACCUGAAGUGAAAGUUGUUUUGUUGUUGUUUUUGUUUGUUUUUUUCUGAGAUGUUUCCGUGUAAUUCUCCCGUUUGGAAAAGUUUUCAGUGUCGAGCUUUUAUUGUUCCUCUGUUUUAGUUACUGACGUUUCCUGAAGGAGGCUCAGAGGAGCAGCUGUUCCAUUGCAGUGAUUUGAAAACCCACGACGGCAGGAAGUAAAUGAAUGAAUGAAUGAAAUGUGUUGAAAUGUGGUUGGUCCGGUCGCUCCGGACUCCUGGACGACACCAACGCGUCGUCCGGUUGAGUUUGGAUUAAAGGAGUUAUUUUCCACAGGUCGCCGACGGUGGGAGGAGCAGUCGACUUGAUGCAGAUUAAGGUGAAUGUUCCCGCGUUGCCGGCAGCGGUGGCAAGUAACGGAGUACAUUUACUCGACUACAACUGUGAGGAAUCGGUGCUGUACUUGAAUUUUCCGUUGUCUGCUACUUUGUACUUCAGCUCCACCACAGUUCAGAGGAGAAAUGUUGUAUUUUUUACUGCUCUACAUUCAUGUGAUCGGUUUAGAUUCUUUCAGGUUCAGAUUAUUGAUACGAAAUGUAAUCAACAAAUAAAUUCCGAUGGAUUAUC